AUGGAAUGUAGUAACUUGCCUGUCUCAAGAAUAGAAACUGACAUUCCUGAAGCUGGACGUGUUUUCACUACAUUUUCUGAAAUUUACGUACUUGUUGAACAAUAUGCAGCAAAAACGAAUACCAUUUUAAUUUUAGGGAAGACCUCCAAAAAUCCUGAUGGUAGUGGCUACAGACAGGUAUUCUUUGUCUGUGAAAGACAAGGAAAAUAUGGCGUGAAUUACCAUAAAAAAGCUCAAGAAUAUGUAAUAACAAAGUCUUGUCUUGAGCACAAUCAUGACCUCCAUUCAAAUGCAACUAAGUUUAGUACUAUUAUGCGCAAAUUGGAUCAGAAUGAUCUUGG